GGUUACUGACCAGUCCGAGGGAGCGAGGAGACAGUCGCGCGUGAUGCUGUACACAUGCUCCCACAACAACAAACACUUCCGUGUAUAUUUAGUGCUCUGACGCCACUCCACAAAAUGCACUGAAAUAGUAGAGUAAGUGCUAUCUCCGUGCAGCAUGGCGCCUUCAUAUCUCGGCGCGUCUUUACAACUGAGCGGAUUCCAGUGUUUCAUCCAGUGUUGGAGCCCAGCUGUGAUAUAGUGGUGUGAUAUCUGAGGUAAACGAUAGAACAGAAGUACAAUGAAAGUACUGGACUAUGUAGUGCGGGUGGUGGACCCGCGCAACGUGAUCGCCUGCUACACGAUAUUCCUCGUGGUCCGAGCCUUAGAGACCGAGGAGACCCAACACGACGAUGUUCUCCUGCUCUCGGAGUUCUGUCCGGACCACAUUAACUGUGACUUCGCCCUCGGCAAUGUACCAGACGUCUUUACAGACUUUGACUUUCUCAAUGAAGACAAGGCGCCUGUGUGGUUGAGUGACAGCUUACUCGAAGAUAUUAACAUUUCGUUUGUGCCAGAAGAGAACCCCCCGGCAGAGAAGGAUGGCAUGUGGUGGGGGAAAGUGUACACCCCCCUGUCAGCACCAAACUCCAAAUGUGAGGCACAGGUCGAGCAGUACCUCAGGGACCUCAAACAUUACGAGCUGUGGGCCAUGCAAAUGUGGGAUGCCACGGCCAAGCCUGCAGCAGGGCUGCUGAGUGGCAACAGCAACCAGUUAGGGGACUACGACAGUUGUCUGGCAGUGCAGUUAUCAGCCCUGGGCACGGUGGAGGGCAAGUACUGUUUGGCAGACAUCGACCUGGAGACAACUGCGGCGGCCUUGCCAAGCCUGCGAGCCGCCGUCCACAGAAUGCAGGCUGGAGCCUUCGUGCGCAGCAAACAUUCAGAUCCAGGACACUUUGCACCAAGGUGGUCCACACUACGCUGGGGCUUGUGCGUGCCAGCAGCCUGUAAUGACAGUGAGGUGGAAGCCGGUCUGCGGCACUUCCUCCAGGGCUACCAACUUCCAGGGAUCACGGUGGACCCAGUCAUAAAGCCUGGGAUGUGCUAUACCAAUCAACGAGGCACAGUGCUGCCAUUUCUCACUCUGGUCACCUUAGGAUUUUUCGGAGGCAUAUUGAUGCUUGCUGUGGUAUCGACAAUGGUGGACACCAACAGUAACUACCCCAAUGCAGAAAAACUUGAGCGGCGGGACCGAGCAGUGCUCGCCUUCUCUCUCCGCAGAAACUGGCAGGCUCUGGUGUCUCGACGGACAGACGAGUUGCCUGUGAUACACGGCAUCCGUAGUGUCUUCACCAUCAUGCUCUUCGCCGCCCACAAGCUGAUGCCUCUCGCCCUCACCCCUUACUCCAACCGUGGUCUUCUCACACAGUGUUCCCACUCCGUGUUCAGUGCUGUAUUGAGGGCCUCCAGUGUGUUUACUGACUCUUUCCUGCAACUGAGUGCAGUGCUGACAUCGUACAACCUGGGUAAGGAGUUGAGCCGACAUGGUGAUGUGGCCUGGCGUAACCGUCUCCUGGCUAGGAUAAUCAGGUUGACGCCAGCUCUCUUUGCUGUGGUGUUGUUCUAUGCUUACGUGAUGGAACACGUUGGGUCCGGACCUCAGUGGACCUCGUCCAUUACAGUAAACGCUGACCUGUGCAAAGCGAACAUGUGGAAGAAUGUCCUGUAUAUCCAAAACUUUUUCCUUUUCGAGGACAUGUGUGCGCCUCAUACUCACCAGUUGGCUCUGGACAUGCAGUUGUUCCUGAUGGCUCCAGCAGUGGUGUACUGUCUGCACUACUGGCCUAUGCUGACCGUGUCUGUGCUGGGGAUUUCACACCUGGCAGUGUCUGGUUUGCGGUAUUACACACAUCUAAAUUACCAUCUCUCCGACUUCAUCUACCAUAACAUCUCACUGACUGACUUGUACCGCACUGCCAACAUGUCGUACAGUCAAGCCAUCCACAGAGCAAUACCAUACAUCGUCGGGCUACUGACUGGGUACUUCCUGCAGAGGGUUGGCAAGCUACAUCUCUCUUACAUGCAGGCUGCUGCCGGUUGGACGUGUUGUGUCAUGUUGGCGACACUGUCUGUAUUCUACCCGUCACACCUAGCACUGCCAGACGCUGUGUACGAUGCAAGUGAUGGUGCUACGUACGCAGCAAUCUCCCCUACAACGUGGUCUGUAGCUCUCUCCUGGCUCAUCAUCGCCUGCAGUUCUGGAUACGGAGGUUGGCUACACGAAGCAUUGUGUCAACACUGGCUUGUGGUCAUCAGUCGACUCUCCUACUCCAUCUAUCUAACUCAGUUUAUCAUCUUCUUCUACUAUGUUGGCAGCCUGAGGUCCAGCCAGGAGUUCAGUCUGUUUUAUGUGAUUGGUGUGUACGAAGUGAUAGGAGUGCUGUUAGCAUCACUGUUCGUCACUCUGCUGUUUGACCUUCCGAUGCAAGAGGUCAAGGCCACGCUGCUCUCUGGGCGUAAAGUGAACAAGGCAGACAAAGUCUCUUGAUGGACUGCUGCAGCUAGUUCACUCCUACGAGUAUUAUCAGGGUACAACAUGUGACUACACGUCAUGCAGUGGACACGCUUCUUACAAGUUACAUUAACUUAGAUUUUUGUGUUGUGUUUCGUAACAAAUUACUUUAUUGUGAUAAUAAAUUUUAUUUUUACAA